UUUUGUUGUGUUUGGUAAUUAAAAAAAAGAUUGGACUCUCUUUUUUUUUCUAGUGCGAUCAAUGGACGUUAUCUUCCUCUAACUACUUUUCCUUUGGUCAACAUUUUUUGUUGUCUUUUUGACUUUGCUCCGGCUUUUCCUACAACAUGGGUUGUGGUGUUUCAAGGCCGGAGACAGAUGAAGGACGACAAGAAGGAUCUCGGCUAGGAUCUAUCGGUAAAGAUAGCGAAACUGCUGAUAGUUUCAUAUCCGAUAAAGAGAUUCUUGAGAUAUCUACCGAUAGUAAAAGUUCCAAAACCAAUGGUGAAAAUACAACGAGUAGUAAAGAGGAGGAAAAUGAAUGGAAAGAUGAUGGACAAGAGAAAGGAGACGAGCUAAAACAUUCACCUGAAUCUCCGAGUUUUCGAAUUUAUUGUGUUUUCCCUAGAAAUCCUAAUGAUGACAUCGUUGAUGAUUUGCAACGGAACAAGAACAUAUCAGACGAAAACAAGGAGCAGAAAGUAAAGAGGCAAGAAGCAGUAGGAUUGAAAAUAAGAAGAAGAUUUAACAAUGUCAAGAAGCUUCUAAGCCCUCCGACUGUACCUUCCUCCACAGCUAACCGCAUUUGAUUUUAUUGGUUUUUAAAUUCUUCAUAUUAAACUAAUUGAGGUUUAGAGUGAAACUGUGGGGAAACUCAUAUGAUGUGUUAGUGGCAAGAAGCUUUUUGACUACUUCUCUAUUUUUUACCAUUCUUAGACUCCUACUCCUCCAAAUAUGUGUAGCUACAAUUGCAUCAAAAACUCAAGUCCAAUCAAGAUUCCAAUAUCCACUGCAUUAUUAUUACAUCCAUCUAAAUGAACUCUUGAGUUUAGAACUCUCUACAACUGAAGCCUUGACAACACUUUUAAAACCAUUGAUCAGCACAAGCCUACCUUCAGAACAUAUGCUUAAUGAGGAUGAGAAAAUAGCUCUCUUCAAAUGAUUUGAGUUCUUUAAAAUGUAUUUAGCCACUUCAACCUCAUCUCGUUCCCAUUCGUAGUCUUCCCACAUGAAUGUUUCGAGAUGAAGCAACAAGCAUUCAGGAACAUUCUUUGGUCUAAUCCAUUGGUGAAGAGCCACAAGAUCGAAAUUCCAAAACGUGUUCUGAGACAAGCGAGGGCGAAAAUGAAAAGUCAGCAAAAAUCGUUGAUUUACAACGUUAAGAGUUGCCUUUUUCAAACGACUAGUAUUCCUUAUUAGGAUGUAUUUCGCCACCUCUUUGUUCUCUUUUAUUAGCCCUUCGUAAUCUGUCCACACUAAUGUCUCGAGACGGAGCAACAAACACUCAUGCACAUGUUUUGGUUUAUUCCAUCUCCGAUAAAACUAUAAAUAUUUUUGUCGAUAUUUUUUUCUCCUUUCUUUUGUAUAGGAGCUGCAAAAGUA